AUGUCGGCGCCCUACCAGCCCAUCGACGAUGGGUCGGGGCGGCCGGGCCGACGACGACGAGCGGCGGGCGCGUUGCUCGCGUGCGCCGCGCUCGUCGGCGCGAUCGUACGCACGACCGGCGUCCCCUGGGCGCCGCCGUCCGCCCUCCUCGAGGCGACGCCGACGGCGAGCGCGUCCAUGGCCGUGUCCAUGAGCGCCGUGCAGAAGAUGACCUGGGCGAGCAGCAAGCCGAGCCUCGGCCUGCGCUUCGCCCAGAACGUGCUGUCGGCGACGGGCAACACCUUCGAGGGCACCGUGCAGUCGGUGCCGUGCGCCGAGCAGGUCAAGGUCGUGACGGCGAACCUGCAGAUGCACUGGGUCAACGCGACGGCGCGGCCCAGCGGCGUGCUGAGCGUCGAGGCCUUCGAGGCCCUCUUCGCGGACCGCGUCGGCGACCACUCGUCCAUGGACAUCUUCUUCGAGUUCAACAUCGGCUUCUUCGUCGUCGACCUCGACUACUUCGCGGGGCGCCUCGAGGCGCACGGCUACGCGUACCUGCCCCUGCGGUGGCACAGCGCCUGGGACAACGCGACCUACUACAGCAUCCUGGCCAACGUGCCGGGCACGACGACGGUCGUCGAGUUCAUCGGCGCGGCCUUCGGCGGGCCGACGAGCGAGUCGCGGACCGCGCGCCUCGUCGACCCCGCGCGCUACGCGGCCUACUUCGACGACCUGGGCGACGGUGCGACGGCCGAGUCCUACGUCUGCGCGAAGCUGUCCUUCCCGUCGACGUACCCGGACUACGCGUCCCUGUGGAUGCGCCAGCGCCAGUACAUGACGGCGACGGAGAUCUACGGCUCCGCGGGCGGCGACGAGAGCCGCUACGUGCUCACGCUCGAGGGCGAGUCCUUCCUCCAGUGGCACUGGGUCAUGUACCCGCCGGGCUCCGAGGCCGGCAACGGCGCCUCGACGACGCUCAAGGCGGCCCACGAGGCCGUCCAGGAGUGGGAGGACUACCUCUCGCUCCUCACGGCGCACACCGUCGUCUCGCCGAACUGCGGCUUCAACCAGUACCUCGACUUCCACCCGGGCAUCUACCCGAACGCCGAGGGCGCCGCCGAGGGCGUCGGCACGCUCGACGACAUCCUCUACCAGUUCGCGCGCGACAAGGUGAACUUCCGCAUCUUCCACGCGUGGGACAAGCAGCACCUCUACGCGAACGCGUCGAACUCGACGCUCUACAUCUACUACACCAUGCCCCUCACGGGCCGCGCCUUCCAGCUCAUCGGCACGGCGUCGAACCCCUGGUUCCGGCGCAACACAAAGCCCUGGACCCUCUGCUCCGAGUCGUGCACGUCCGAGAGCAACCACGCGGUCCCGACGGACGCGGACUCGGGCCACCUCCCGGAGCCCCCGUCGACGUCCACGGCGGGCGACGUCACCGACGGCAUCGAGGCGGCCUCGCCCAACGCGUCCGCGACGGCGGGCGCCUACGUCGCGCCCCCGUCGAACACGAUGCGCCGCGACGUCCUGUGGCUGGCCGCGGCGCUCCUGCCCGCGGCGCGGUCGCAAAGCUGCAUCGCCGUCGACUUCACGACGCACGUCCUCACGAACGCGGCGCCUGGCGCAAUGAAGGUCGUCGCGAUCGACGUCGACGGCGACGGCGACGUCGACGCGCUCGCGGCGUCCAGGAGCGACGACACGGUCGCGUGGUACGAGAACGACGGGUCUCAGUCCUUCACGGAGUUUAUCAUCACGACGAUCGUGGACGACCCCCGCUCCGUCUUCGCGAUCGACGUCGACGGCGACGGCGACGUCGACGCGCUGUCGACGUCCUACCUCGACGACACGGUCGCGUGGUACGAGAACGACGGGAGCCAAUCCUUUACCGAGCGCGUCAUCACCGACUCGGCGGACAGCGCCUGCUCCGUCUUCGCCAUCGACGUCGACGGCGACGGCGACGUGGACGGGCUCUCGGCGUCCUCCCUCGACGACACGGUCGCGUGGUACGAGAACGACGGGUCCCAGUCCUUCUCCGAGCGCAUCAUCACGACCCUCGCGGACUACGCCCGCUCCGUCUUCGCCAUCGACCUCGACGGGGACGGCGACGUCGACGCGCUCUCCGCGUCCUCCCUCGACGACACCGUCGCCUGGUACGAGAACGACGGGUCGCAGUCCUUCACGGAGCGCGUCAUCUCGGCAUCCGCGGACCACGCCGAGUCGAUCUACGCGAUCGACGUCGACGGCGACGGCGACGUGGACGCGCUGUCGGCGUCCUCUGAAGACGACACGGUCGCCUGGUACGAGAACGACGGCGUCGACGGCGGCGCCGAGUACGUCGUCACGACAAUAGCCGACGGCGCCACAGCCGUUUUUUCGAUCGACGUUGACGGCGACGGGGACGUGGACGCGCUCUCGGCGUCCUACGAGGACGACACCGUCGCCUGGUACGAAAACGACGGCUCCCGGUCCUUCACUCGGCGCGUCAUCACCGACUCGGCGAACAACGCCCGCUCCGUCUUCGCGAUCGACGUCGACGGCGACGGCGACGUCGACGCGCUCUCCGCGUCCAUCUCCGACCAAACGUUCGCGUGGUACGAGAACGGUUGCGAGACCGCCUCGCCGACGUCGAGCCCCGCGCCGACGCCGAGUCAGGCCCCGCCGCCGCGGCCGACGUUCAACUGCGCCAGCGUCUCCUUCGCCGAGCGCAUCAUCACGACGCUCGCCGGCUGGGCCUACUCCGUCUUCGCCAUCGACGUCGACGGCGACGGCGACGUCGACGCGCUGUCGGCGUCCUACGGCGACGACACCGUCGCGUGGUACGAGAACGAUGGGACCGAGUCCUUCACCGAGCGCGUCAUCACAAACUCGGCGGACGGCGCCUACUCCGUCUUCGCGCUCGACGUCGGCGGCGACGGCGACGUCGACGCGCUCUCCGCGUCGGGCGACGACAACACGGUCGCGUGGCACGAGAACGACGGAUCCGAGUCCUUCACGGAGCGCAUCAUCACCGACUCGGCGUACCUGGCCUGGUCCGUCUUCGCCGUCGACGUCGACGGCGACGGCGACGUCGACGCGCUGUCGGUGUCCGCCAACGACGACACGGUCGCCUGGUACGAGAACGACGGCUCUCAGUCCUUCGCGGAGCGCGUCAUCACGGCGCUCGCGGACAACGCGCGCUCCGUCUACGCGAUCGACGUCGACGGCGACGGCGACGUCGACGCGCUCUCGGCGUCCGGCAACGACGACACGGUCGCCUGGUACGAGAACGACGGGUCGCAGUCCUUCACCGAGCGCGUCAUCACGACGCUGGCGGACUAUGCCAACGCCGUCUUCGCGAUCGACGUCGACGGCGACGGCGACGUCGACGCGCUCUCGGCGUCGGGUGCAGAUGAAACGGUCGCGUGGCACGAGAACGACGGGUCCCAGUCCUUCACGGAGCGCAUCAUCACGACGCUCGCCGGCUGGCCCUUCUCCGUCUUCGCCAUCGACGUCGACGGCAACGGCGACGUCGACGCGCUAUCUGCAUACACAGGCGACGACAUAGUUGCGUGGUACGAGAACGACGGGUCGCAGUCCUUCACGGAGCGCGUCGUCGGCACACCGGACGACCCCCGCUCCGUCUUCGCCAUCGACGUCGACGGCGACGGCGACGUCGACGCGCUCGCCUCGUCCGCCAACGACGACACGGUCGCGUGGUACGAGAACGACUGCGGCACGCACGCGCCGUCCGCGAGCCCGACGGCCACGCGCGCGCCCACGCGCCCGGUUCCGGCGCCGACGCCGCGGCCGACGGUGCGCUGCGCGUCGGCCGCCCUGAUCGCCGAGCCGCACGUGUGGAGCGACACGGGAGGCCAGGUGACGGGCGUCCACGCGAUCGACGUCGACGGCGACGGCGACGAGGACAUCGUGGCCUCGGUCCUGCACGUCGACACGGUCGCGUGGUACGACUCCGGGCCGGCCGCGCACGUCAUCGCCGCCGACUUCGUCGGCGCCAAGUCCGCCCGCGCGAUCGACGUGGACGGCGACUUCGACGUGGACGUGCUGGCGGCGUCCGGCGUCGCCGACGCCGUCGCCUGGUUCGAGAACGACGGCUCCCAGUCCUUCACCAAGCACGUGAUCGCGAACUCGCCGGACCACCCCGCGUCCGUCUGCGCCAUCGACGUCGACGGCGACGGCGACGUCGACGCGCUUUCGGCCCCCCUCCUCGACGACACGGUCGCGUGGUACGAGAACGACGGCUCGCAGUCCUUCGCGGAGCGCGUCAUCACGAACUCGGCGGACGCCGCUACCAACGUCUUCGCCAUCGACGUCGACGGCGACGGCGACGUCGACGCGCUCGCCUCGUCCGCCAACGACGACACGGUCGCGUGGUUCGAGAACGACGGGUCCCAGUCCUUCUCGGAACGCGUCGUCACGACGCUCGCGGACCACGCCUACGCCGUCUUCGCGAUCGAUGUGGACGGCGACGCCGACGUCGACGCGCUGUCGACGUCGUGGAGCGACGACGCGGUCGCCUCGUACGAAAACGACGGGUCCCAGUCUUUCACGGAGCGCGUCCUCACGACGCUCGCGGACAACGCCUACGCGGUCGUCGCCGCGGACCUGGACGGCGACGGCGACGUGGACGUCCUCUCGACGACGGGGGCGGACAAGGUGCUGACCCUGUUCGUCGACGACGGCGGCGCCUUCGUCGCGGCCUGUGUCACGGCGCAGGUGCUCGACGAGACGGCCGUCGUCCACUUGAGCGCGAUCUUCGCCGAGGACGUGGACGGCGACGGCGACGUCGACGUCGCCGUCGGCACGCACGAGGGCCUCGUCGCGGUCUUCGAGAACGCCUGCGAGCUCCCGCCGCCGACGGCCGCGCCGUCGUCGCCGCCGUCGCCCGCGCCGUCGUCGCCGCCGUCGCCCGCGCCGACGACCGCGGCGCCGUCGAGCGCGCCGUCGACGACGGUGCGCCCGACGCCCCGGCUCGCGCCGUCGCCGCCGCCGACGCGGGCGCCGACGGCCGCCCCGUCGUCGCCGGCCCCGACGCACGACCCCGCGUGGCUCGCCGCGGAGCUCAACGCGACGCUCCGGACGCUCUGCGACGGCUGCCCGGCGGCCUGCGACGCCGCCGCCGCCGCGGGCGACGCCUGCGGCGCCGCGGCCGAGGACGCGGCCCUGUCCGCGGAGGCGGUCGCGCGGGCCGCGGACGCGCAGGCGCUCGGCGCAGGCGUGCGGGCCCUCGCGCUCGACGUCGCCGACGGCGUCCUCGCGGCGACGGCCGUCGGCGCGCUGACGGACAACAUUUCCGGCGCGGUGCUGCGGACCAUGUCCGACGUCUUGGAGGACGCGGAGGACGCGGGCGGCGACGGCAACGCGACGCGGCGCGUCGUCGCGCUCCGGGACGAGCUCCUGCACCAGGCGGGCGCGUUUCUCGCCGCCAACGGGUCGGUGACCGUGUCGUCGCCGGCCAUCGUCGUGAGCGUCCAGGUCGCGGCGGCGGGCGAGCCCGCGGCCGUGCGCGUGGCGGACGGCUACGCGGUCGCGCUGCCCGGCGAGGCGCUGGCCGGCGACGCCGCGGUCCGGAUCCGCGCGACGCUCUGGCGGCGCGUCUUCCGCCGGGGCGGCGUCGCGGACGGCUUCGCGCUCGUCGCCGACGAGCUGGAGGUCGAGGUCUGGGACGCGGGCCCCGUCGCCGUCUCCGGCCUCGCGGCGCCGGUCCUGCUCCGGCUCCCCGCCGCGGGCGGGUCGGACCGGCGCUGCGUCUACUGGGACGGCGCCUGGACGGAGGCCAACGUGACGCUCGUCGGCGGGACCAACGGGUCCGCGAUUCUCGAGGAGCGCGCCAAGGCGCGGGGACUCACGGGCCGCUGCCUCGCGGCGCUGCUCGCCGCGAACGGGUUCUACGCGCUCUGCGCCCUCGGCCUCUCGGCGGCGGCGGCGGCGGGGUCCGUCGCGAGCGACGACCGCGACGCCGUCGCGCGCGCGCACCUCGCCUUCUUCGCCGGCGCCUGCGUCUCGCAGGGGUGCGCCUACGUCCACCUCGGGCUGCGCCUCGGCCGGCGCCUCGACGCGCUGGGGCAGGCCGACGAGCGCGUCGCGCGGCUCAAGCGGCGCGUGCGGACGCUCCUGCGGACGACGGGGUCCGGCGCGGUCGCGCUGGGGGCGCUCGCGGCCGCGGGCGCCGCCGCGACGGACCUGGGCCCGCGCGCGGCCUUCUACCUCUUCCACGUGGCCAUGCGCAUCGCGGAGGUCGUCGUCGUCGGCGUCACCUGCCGCCAGAGCCUCCGGCCCCGCGACGACGCCGCCGCGCGCGAGUCCGACGACUUCUUCCCGCUGACCUGGGCGCGGCUCCUGCGCUUCUCCGACUACGUGCGCCACUCCGCGGACGACGGCAAGCACGCCUUCCGCCUCAGCGACCUCGUGCUGCCGCCCGAGCCCGCGGGGGGGUCCGACGGCGUCGAGCUCGGCGAGGUCGCGAAUCCGCUGCCGGGACGGGGGGACCCCUUUGACGAGGGCGACGUCUACGGAGCGCGCGAGGAGCAGCCCGUCGUCAUCGUCAACCCGACCGCGCCGCGCGCCGGGGGCGACGAGGGCCCGGCCCUCGGCGACGAGGGCGACGUCUACGGCGCGAAGGACGACGACGUCGUCGUCGUCGCCAAUCCCGCGUCGCGGCACGCGGCGGACGCGGACGACGGCCCGGACCUCGGCGACGAGGGCGACGUCUAUGGGGGCGACGAGAAGGAGGACGUCGUCGUCGUCGACAAUCCCGCGGCGCGGCACUCCCGGGGCGGCGACGACGACGUCGACGUCGACCUCGGCGACGUCUACGACGACCCCGGGGACGCCGUCGCGGGCGCGUCGUCGCUCGCGCGCGAGUCCCACGCUAAUGCUUAGCUAUCGG